AUGGCUAUCAAAAGAUCCAGACCAACAUCCGUCUGCCAAUUCUGUAGGAAGCGGAAAGUCAGAUGUUCCAAAGGUCAACCAUGUACGACGUGUGUUAAGUAUGGUAACAAGAAUUGUGUUUAUGAAACGUUCCCCAAUGAUACAGAAGUAGAAAAAGAGACAGCCCUAUUGAAGAGACUAAAGAAUCAAGUCAGUGAAUUAGAAGAUAAGUUGCGGUACAGUGUUAAAGGAGUCAAUGCACCCAUAGUAGGGAUGGAUACUCCAAGUCCUGGUCCCAGUCAAGGUCCCAGUCAAGGUCCCAGACAAACUCCAAUUCAAUCAAGUCAACUCAAUCGAACCCCAGACCAAAGUCCUCAAGGAAGUCAAAUGUCGCCCAUGCGUAAUCAGUUCCUUGACUUCUACCUCCCCUCCUACAGUCCAUUGAACCCUACCAAUCGACUCAGCGUAUCCAACCUCAUCAACGAGUCCAAUGGUCACGACGAUACCAUUAAUCUAUUCACUUUAUAUGAUUCUGUGUACGACAUGGAACCCAUCAAAAGACGACAUUUCGGACCUUUAAGUUGCAACUCCAUCUUACGGGCUGAUCCCUUACUAUAUAAGCUUUACCUCAGUUUCAACAACUCCGGUAAGGACAAGUUCAUCCAUAGUUUCGUCAAUGAUAGUAAUGAGUUCAAUACAGACCAAUUGGUGGUGUACGGAAAUAUCCGAAGUACCAAAAACGAUGCUAACAAAUCCACCAGAACCAAGAAGAACCAGGUCAAUGAACGAGCUAAGAUCCUAGGGUUGAUGUUCUUUGAAGGAGACAUUGAAUCCAAGAUCGAACUCAUACUGAAAAUCAAGUUGAUCCUUCCUCAACCUAAGGUUAUCACCAUGUUAAUCGAUAGAUUCUUCGAUUUCCUUUAUCCGUUCUUCUCCAUCAUCGACGAGUUUGAUUUUCGGAAUAACCUUGAUCGGAUAAUCCAUAACGGAAAAAUCAAUGUGGAGAAACGGCUUGAUUUUGCCUAUUUGGGAAUGUUACUUGUGAUUCUCCGAUUAAGUUACCUUUCCCUCUUCACCAACAUCAAGAAGGUCAAUGAAGAGAACUUGUUCAACAACAAGAACGAUCAGAAGUCUUUGGACUUGAAAUAUCUCCUUAAUAAUCCCAUUAAUCUAGAGGUCAUCACCAUUGCACAAAUUUGUUUGAACCAGUUCAACCUUGUCAACUCAUCCAACUUGGUAAUCCUUCAAUUGGCUAUCUUUGUGCGUUAUUAUAAGCUCUAUGGGCCCGAAUAUGGUGAUGAGAGUGACUCCGGAGAACCCCAGGUGUUUUCAGCGUUGUUGAUACAAAUGGCUUAUAGUCUAGGCCUCCAUAGAGAACCAGAUAAGUUCAAAGAAGGUUGUAAAGAUGAGAAGGUCAAUCAUCUUGGAAGGAAGAUUUGGUCGGUUCUCUAUAUACUUGACAUCUCCACCUCCCUCACUUUUGGUGAUCCCUCCUCCAUCAAUAAUUUCCUGGUCGAUGUCAAACCUCCGUUUGUUAACGACAUCAACUGUAACGUCAAGAAUCCUGACUUGGAUAAGAUCAUUGUCAUACUUUUGAAUAGCCAUUCAGAGGUGUUCGCUAAGUUGAAUGAGAUCUUUGCUAUCAUCUCCAAUGUUAAUGAGAAGUUUUCCAUUGAAAAAUUGAGUUCUAUGGGAGAUUAUUGUUUUGCUAACUUUGCUAACCAUCCAGAUAAAUUUGAUGUUGAUUUAGAACUUCUUUAUAAUAAAGAUAUGUUUCAAGAAUUCAACCCCGACGGGCAACCGUCGGGCUCGGCCGCGGGGUCAAAUUUUCGAAAACUUUUCCGAUUUUAUUAUAAAACUUUCAAAUUGAAAUAUUACUUUCAAAUAAGUUCAGCUAUAAUGGCAUUAAACUAUCAUUUUGUCAAUUAUUACUACAAAUCGGGGAACUCCGGGAAAUCAAACUUCUACCUUAAAAAGAUCUUCAACACCUUCUACACUCGAUGUUACCCCAUUAUAGUGGAGCUUGUGACCAACGAUACCCGGGACUUGGACGAUGUGUGUGAGUUGAUAGUGACACCUUCGUUACAGAACAUCCUUCACAUUGCUUGUCUCAUGAACUUGUCACUACUCAUCAAGCUAAAGAUAGCCAAGCCUGGCGAUGGUCAGUUCUCUUCUAAUGUGUACUACCUCGAGAGUGUGGUCAACAAGUCACUCCUGACGUUGAUCAAGUUCAUGAAGAUCUUGGGGAACCGGUACUACACUCCGUGGAAGGACGCUAAGAUUCUCCCGUUGCUCUUUGAGGAGAUUCCUAAGUUCGAUACCGCCAACGAGACCCAUCCGGGGUUCACCAAUGAUGAUUUGACUGACCUAAUAGCGAUAGUUAAUACCACCGUGGACCUAAAUACCGACAUUCUUCAAACUGACAAUAAUGAUUCUUUGUGGUUGUUGAUAACGGCAUUGAGGAAGAACGAGAACGACCACCGGUACUUUGAUUUCUUGGAGCCAGAGCCUGUGGAGGAGAAGUUGGAUAUUGAUAAUCCGUACUUGGAUGAGAUAUUCAAGGAUUUCUUCCCUAAAUAG